UUACCAUGACAGGUCCAGAGCCGCGAAUAUGGCGUACCCUGAGCGUGCCUUUUCGGAUCUCUUGAAAACUCGCUCGAAAUGUGGGAAAGAAGACGACAUGUCGGCCUCCUCCUUGGACGAUAAUGAUGCCAAGGAUCUUCUCCUUGACGGCAUAUCUCAGGCAGUGAAAGAGCUGCAACGAGAACAUCUUGUGCAGGAGACGUUCAAGAUCGCCAAUGAGAAUGUGCAGUUGCAACGUCUUUGCCAGCACAUUGAUCAGGUCUUCUUAUGUGGCCUGUAUCGGCGCGAGCAGGGCUACUGGCGCCUGGUGAACAAGAUGACCCGCCAGGAAGCCCUGCACUUGCUGGAUCACUUACCCAGUGUGAAGACAUCACUUGGAAAAGGCCGAGCAUGGCUCUACCUGUCUCUGAACGAGAAUGUCCUGGAGAGCUACCUGCGAGCACUGCCUAACUACGAGGAGUUGAUCUCUGGCAUGUACUCCAAGGAUUCGUUUAUGCGUGACUCUGAGCGUAUGUUCACCCUGACGACGCUCAUCACAGGCCUGGACUUCCUCUGCUUUGAGCUCACCGUGGAUAUCGACUACUUUGAUCGGCAUGGCUUGCUACCGGCCGCUACUAACUGUGGCUUGUCGUUCAACUACACGUCGUCAUCCGUGGAAGCCACCACCACGUUCCGCGCUGUCCACUCACCACUCAGGGAGAAACCUGAUCCACUGGCAGCUGGUUCGGGCAGCCGCUGGGACUUCCGUGGCAUCCGCGGCUAUCUGUCCAAGCAAGCUGACAAGCUGACGACGGGGGGCAGUGCACCUCGCGACAUUGCUGCCAGCUCCCCACCAGCCGAGGACUCCACGCUGACGCAGUCCCUAAGCUCCUCUAUAUCCUCGCUGAAAGUCAUGGCAUCUCGCUGGACUGGUAGUCACGAGACCGGUCUCAGCCGGCCCGACUACAAGGAGAUAGCGGCCAUUGUUCCCGGUGAAGGACCGCCACCACUGCAAGAGCACGAGCAGCAGCCUGGCGAGGGCGAUACGCUGCAGGAACACUCCGCACUCGGUCCAUCGCCUGACAGCUCCGCGGCCAUUUCCGACAGCAGUGCCGAGAGGAUCAGUCCUGGCGGCGCAUCCACUGCACAGCGUUUGCUGUCCACGACGUCAAAUCUGGCACAACAAAUGGACGAGUCCACUCAGCUACCCAGUGGUCAGGAUGUCAUAUCGUCCGAGUCUCAACUGCAUACCGAUGGUGGUACAUCUGCCGGUGUCUCAUCAGCACACAUACCACAGCCUGUAGGCAGGACGCAUACUAUUGCUGAUAUGCAGGAUGAUGCGUUGGGGCGAUCGAGUCGCUCUAAGUCAUUCACCGGCGGCGCCACGUCGGGCCAGGCUACCAAUGGCGUGCUGAAGAACGGCGCUGCUGCCAGCGCAACCUCCAACUCUGUGACGUGGGCAGCAUCUUCCAGCAGCAAGCGAUCCACCACUGGCGGUGGUGGUGAGCACAGCUUCACGGCCUCCUUGCCUCUCUCCGGUGGUGGCUUUGAGCAGCCGGAGUCAGAUCUAGUGCAUAGCACGGAGGGGAGCUUCAACUCCAGCGGCACCUUCAAAACUAAGCCGUCCACACGGCGACUGGACUUUGGCGGAGACUAUGUCGGCGCGUCCGGACCACCGUCCAUCGGUUCUGAUCGAAGUGACUACGUUGACGGUCCGAACGGAGACGAUGAUGUGGAGGUCAUUCAGCUCAGCAAGAAGACAAAGAAGGGCAAGAAGAAGAAGAAGCCUAACGUCGCCGUCAUUGCUUCGCCAAAGCGCAUUGCUGAGGAGGAAGAAGGAGCAAGCGGCGCAUCUGGCCAACGUGAUGUUGUGGAUGGCGGUGGUUCGUAUCGUGGAAUGUUUGCUAGCCGUCUUGUUGAACAGCAGCGUCAGCAAAUGUUGAACAGGGAUUCCCUUCCUGAAGGCCGUCCGAGCACAUCAGCAAGCUCUGAGGCUGCUCAGGUCACUGUUGCAGCCACAACUGAGCACUCCGACAGACCUGUAUCCACCAGCAGUAGCAGUGGUGGCAUCGGUGGCAUCAGUAGUAGUGUGUCCAGCUCAAUCUCCAAUGCCGUGUCCACUGCCCCGUCUCCGACCACUGCAAUCGCUGAUCAGAUAGAUUCGGACUCCGAGGUGCCAACGCGUCGACUCACACACACGGGAGCUACACCAUCCCACGUUCGCUUCCAACCACCCGCAGAUACUCGCGUUGCGUCACCUGAGUUGCCAGCGCCGCCUGAACAACCAUCCCUCCAGGCAUCUACCGAUCACCGCGCGCCUGGCAUGACAUCAUCAAUGACAUCAUCAGCAUCAGCGGUGACAUCAUCAACAGUGGUUACAUCAGCAGCAGCAGUGAUUACAUCAUCGACAGAAGAGGCAGCAGCAGCCCGUCCUGCCACGCCAGUGCGCAGCAUCUACGAUAGCUUUGUGUCCGGCGCCGUCACCAGCAGUCCAAUGGCGGACGUCGAUACUGACACUGCUGGCCGUGCGGCGUCUGCAAGUGCACCAGAGCCAGUGCCGGUAGCACAAUUGGUCAACGACGACGAAGCAGAUGUCAUCCUGUCACCGAGUCAGAGCAGCAAGGCGCGCGCCAACACGUCUUCGUUCAGUUUCGGCGACUACAAUGAGUACGAUUUUGGCAGUGCAUCGGCAGGUCAGUCUGGACAACUGAAGAACUCAUCGUCUGUGUCCGCAGCACCAACUUCCCAUGCCGAUAGCGAAAAGCCUAUCUCUGCAGAUUCACCACAGCCGUCAUCUGAAAGCAAAUUGCUGGAGUCGCGGCCCUCGGAGACUGUUGCCGUGGAGACUAGAUCUGCCGAUACGGGCACCGGCGACGAAAAGGCGAUGUCAUCGCGGUCCCCCGUUGCGGAGAACUCUCUCGCUCGUCCGGCGUCCACUCGCAGUAACCUGAGUGGCCAGAGCACGCACAGCCGAACGUCUUUCACCGGCGGUGGUGGUGGCGGUGGUGGUGACUACCAGCAUGGUCGAUCAUCCAACCCGUCACCCGGUAGCGUGUUGCGUAGUGUGUCCACGACGUCCUCCUCCGACAUGGACCCGGCCAGCUCACGGCGCUUGCGCAGCAGUAGUCGCGGUGGAGAAGCGUCGCCGUCUCUCCACCGCAGGGUCAGCAAAACGUCAACGCCGUCCGUGGUGGCCGAUGUGGAUGGUGAGAAGAUCGAAGUCGUCGAGCUGGGCGCGGUGGCUGCUACUAGUUCUGCAGACGAUUCGGAUAUGUUGCCUACACUGCAGCGCAGCAAGGAAGCAUUGCUGGAAGAGAGAAACUAUCCCAUUCCGGAGAGACCGUCGCUAUCUGACGCCAACGCCGAUCAGCAUGAUUUGUCUGUUGAUCACAAUCUGCAGCUCAUGCUAAGUUUGAAGAUCUUCAAAGUGUCGAGCAACGAGAGUCUUGUAAAGUUGAUGAGAGUGCAGACCAGUGCUGGCCGGGGAAAGUUCAAGGUCACCAUUGCCGUGCUGAGUAACUUUGCCUUCUACCUCAUGAGCAUGGACGGCACGGAGGGCAAGUACCAUCGUGAGCUGUGCUUUCCAUACCGGAACUUUGACCACAUUGAGAUCAGUCUGAGCUGGCAGACAAUCACACUGGUGUGCAGGAAUGAGGACCAGCAGACUCUGGUCACUGCCAAUGAAGCUGUCACUCGUGGUCUGGUGAAGUCAUUGAUCCGUGCUGCCCAGAGCUCAGGUGCACAGGCACCCCGUGUGGAUGCACGUGAUCGUGAACGCUUGCAGCUCCUGGAACAGCACAUCGAGGGACUGGAUAAUGAAGAUGCUACCGACUCUGAGUUCACAUUGGUGCAGCAACCAGAGGCUGAGUUCCGUGUGCUGCGCUACAGCGUAGUUCACUGGGAGCAACUCGACGGCAAAGAGUCGCAGUCACUGUUCGCCACCAGCACAGCAGUGGUCAUGGAGGGACCUAUUCACUACAAGCAAACAAUGGUCGGCAUCUCUUACUGGACCGAGGGAUACGCUGUCUUGAAAAACGGCACAUUUUUCCUGUACGGAAGAGAGGAUGCCGAAGAGCCAUCCGUCUUCAUCCAGCUAUGGGGAACACAUUGUGGUGGUUGCCGGCGUCUGAAUGUUCCCGAUCGACAGAACUGCUUUGAGGUGAAAUCCACAAGCGACUCGCUGACGUUGUCUGUUGAGAAAGAGGAGGAUGUGAUGGCAUGGCUACAAGCUAUCUGUGAAGUUGUUGCCGGAACUAUGGGCAACACAGCGCAAGCGCAGUGUGUACAGUGCAGUCUGGUCGUUACUCCUACCAAGCUGUAUUGCUACCAGGAGGAUUUCUGGGGCGGUCCGCUGUUCCUGCUGUCUGCCUGUGAUGUCAAUGAGGUGACGACGGUGUUUGUCGACGAACAAGUCCGUACAUACUGUACUGUGGCGUUCGGCUUGACGUUUGAGUCCGGCUCGUGGCUGUUAUGCUUCGACAGCGAGUAUGAACUGGGCCAGUUUGAAACCGCACUAUCCACCGCUUGGAAGGAUUUGUUCAAGAUUCCGCUGACGUUUGCACCGAUAGGAGAGGGUCCUGCGCGGGAGAGAGCGCGGGACGCCGUCGCUCUCGUAGAGAGCCGCUUCAAUCGCAGCGACAGCGUUACCAGAGGGCGUACGUGAUGACCUAUUUCUCUCUCUCUCUCUCUCUCUCUCUCCUCCCGUCGUGUGUGGUGUGGUAGUAGCAGACACAACCGUUUGCAGUGUGGCUAUGGUGGUAGUGAAUGCUCUCUUCUUUUUUUGCUUUGCAUGCUGUGUCGUUUUCAUCUGUGAAACGUUCUUUGAAAAGAAUUCAUCCCUGCCCAUGGUGGUAUGAGUCAAUUCUAGAUUACUUCUCUUUUUAUCCGUCCGUAUCCUCUCACGUGGUGGGACAUUUUUUUCAAUCUUUAUCAAUUUUUAUCUCAUUUUCUAUUCAACUCACAACUUACAGUUGUCCCCUUACAAUUGUCCCCCUUGUUCUUUUAGGUGAAAGCUGGCCAGCUGGUUCUCUGGCGUCUGUUCAUGAUAGAUAGAUUGCAUGCUCCUCUCCCUCCCUCAGUUGAGCUGAUUCCCCAUUGAAACAUUUCUUCAAGCCUUUCCUCAAGCGUGCAAUAAUAUAUUAUCGUGUAACAUCAUCAUCAAUUUUUUUCAUGAUGCUUAUUUACUAUAAUGUUGCUUUGGGCAGCAGUGGACAGCGCGGCAACCUACACGCUUGUUUUGUAGCUAAGUUACUACUCAUAAUCCAGAAUGCUAGCUGAGAAUUCAGUAUGCUGUAGAAAAAUAA